GUCAUAGACUUGGAAAAUCAAGGAGCUUGAAGCCCUGUUCAAAAAUCCAAUGAAUCAUGGCUCAAGCCGCUCAAACCCAGCCACUGGAAGCUGCCACCGCGCUUUCUUCAAAGAUGGCGAUGACCGGGACUGUGAAGUUUUUCAAUCCCAACAAGGGCUGGGGGUUCAUCGAAUGCGCGGCAGCUGGUACCGAUGUGUUUUUGUACAAGGGCGACCUGAAGGGCAUGUGUGUUGAGCCCGGUCAGACAGUUGGGGCCUGAAGAAUCUGAAGAUCUCUUCAGAUCGUCGCAGCUGUUGAUGGAUGUUGAUGUUCACUGAUGUUCAUUCCAGGGGGACAAGGCGACAUUUUUCACCAUCAGUUUAUAUCAGAUUAUAUACAUAGUCAGGUCGAUCAGGUGGAUGAAAAAUACAGUUCAAACCACCAGAAACAAUGUGAAACUUCCAUAAACUUUCCUGAGACGCCAAAGAGAUGUUCAGCCUUUUCUCUGUUUUUUGUUGCGUGUUUGGUGAGGUUCAAUUCAAUACGAUUCAGAACGAGAAAGGGACACAGGCACAAGAUGUCACUGUGGUAGUUGCUCCACAUGAAGCUUCGUACUUUGGUGAGAUCAAGUCCUUUAAUCCAAUGAAGGGAUAUGGUUUCAUUUCUAGCCCAGCCUUCCCUGAACAAGACGUCUUCCUGCUCAAGACCGACUUGCCAGGACAACAUGGUCCUUCAGGAACACCAGUCAAGUUCAAGGUCGUGCUGGAGGCAAAGGGCUACGCCGCCAAAGAGGUCAUGUUGUUGGGUGAAGCCGGAAAGCAGGUGCAGAUGAUGAAUCAGAUGAUGGGCGCUUGGGGUAUGGGCCCCAUGAUGAACAUGAUGGGCGGCAUGGGCAAAGGUAUGGGAAAGAUGGGCAAAGGCAGCCCUAUGGGACAGAUGGGACAGAUGGGCGGCAAAGGCAUGAGCAAAGGCAACAUGGUAUGGCAACCGCAGUUCAUGAAGAAGGGAAUGGGCCCCAUGGGCGGCCCCAUGGCCUUAAUGGGCAAGGGGAUGAUGUGAUCCAGGGCGGCAGGAUCCGUGUCUCACAGAUCCUGGACACUGCAUGUCAAGUCGAAUCAUUAUGUUUUCG